AGGAUGUCGACCGCUAAUAAAGGACCUGUAACAAAUGAGGAAUGGAUGGCUUUAGCUGACGCCCCUCUAAAGACGACCAAGCUUAUAAUGCCAGUAAUUCUCAUCCCCAUAUUGUGUAUCAUCGUGUAUGUAAUGGUGUUCAUGAACAUUAGAGAGAAGAAUGAAGCGCUAAGGCGGAUGGGCGGACCCAGCAAUGUAGAGAACAACGGACCUAACAAAAGCUCUGACAAAACAAAGAGGAAAACGUCACUGUUCCCUAUAAGCAUGGGAUUCGGUAUACACACCCAGAGAAGGUAUAACGCCCCAAAGGAGCAGAACACGGUUGAGAUGGAGGCAGUGGUGGAAGAGGUGCAAGAGGCGGAGGUUACAAAUGUUUAGAGACAAGGGUGGAAAUGUGGAACGUCGAAUAGUGUUGUCAGAUUUGUUUGUCGUCUGGGACUGGUUAAAGUUUUUUUUACAUAUAAUAAUAUUGAUUGCAUUGUGAUUGCAGCUAUGACAGCUAGGCUGUUUGGUAAUUUUAUGAGCCAAUUUGGUCUGACAAGACUAUUUUUAGUCGGAUUGAUUCAGAGGAUUAAAAUUUUGAAGAGUGACAAGCGUUGAAAUUAUCUUGAAGUCAAGUUGGCAUGGACAUUUCAGAAAUGAUAGGACCGGGGUGAUGGUGGCUGCUUGCUGGUUUUGUAAGUUAUUUCAAUAAAGUGAAACAAACAAAAUGAAGAACAAUAAUCGGACUGGAAGCAUUACGUAAAUACGUAUCGAACUAUAUUACUGCAUUUCAGUAAAAAAACGAGGGUUCAACCUUCGAGAUUAUUUUUUUCUGUGAAAAAUAAUUUAGCUAAUAUGAGAAAUUGUAACACAAACAAUCUAA